ACAUAAUUCACGUUUGGGAGGUAGAUACUGGUCUGUACCAUCAGCAAUUAGCAAUGUCGGAUCCGCCAAAACCGAAUUAGGCGGAGCCAAACCCACCGCACCAAGACCAGCAAACGCCAGACGCCGUUUUCCAGCCGCGUCUUUUAGUUGACGCUUUAGAGGCCUUUCGACUCGAUCCGACGACUCGGGGAUCCACGGCGACUCCAUCCAUGGCAGACCUCCGAUCUAACAGGGACGAGGAGGGCGAGGAGCGCGGGGGCUGGGCGCAGGACGAGAAGGCGCGCGGGGAGCAGGGGCGCGCGCGGGAGUGGGAGGAUGCGGAGCGGCAAAGGCAAGAGGUCAAACUGGGACUGCACCCGCUGCAGACGCGGUACGUGCUGUGGUACACGCGGCGGCAACGGCAGCCGCCAGGGCAGCGCAGCGCGACGUCGUACGAGGACAGCAUCCGCCGCAUCGCCGACUUCAGCACCGUGGAGGCGUUCUGGGCGUGCUACUGCCGCAUGGUGCGCGCGUCAGCGUUGCCCGCGCCCACCGACAUCCACGUCUUCAAAGACGGCAUCCGGCCCCUCUGGGAGGACUCGCACAACCGGCGCGGCGGCAAGUGGAUGGUGCGCCUGCGCAAGCCGCUCACAGCGCGCAUGUGGGAGCAGCUGCUGAUGGCGGUGGUGGGCGAGCAGCUGGAGGGUGCGGAGGAGGUGUGCGGGGUGGUGUUGAGCGUGCGCUUUGGCGAGGACAUCCUCUCCAUCUGGAACCGCUCUGCACCGCACAGCCUGGCGCGCGACCGCCUCUGCGACUCCAUCCGCAAGCACCUGGGCCUGCCGCCCUCCUACACCAUGGAGUACAAGCCCCACGAUGCCUCUCUCAAGGACCACUCAUCAUACCGCAACACAUGGGUCCGCACUUAGCUUCCGCGCAUCCAUGUUGUCUGCUUCUUGUAGACUUAACUGCACUGGCUAAGUGUUGUGCAGUUGAAUCUUACAUCUUGCUUAUUGAUUUUUGUAAAGGCUUUGUCUAAUGCGACCAAAAUGUCGAGCACCUAGCAUUGGCCCUAUGAAAGGUUGGAUGGAGGUGACACUUGGUUUUUUUUCCACUCACCUAUUGGGGAAUAAUGGUGCUAGGGGUACAUCGCAGCAAGGCCGAGCUGAGGUACUCCACUUCCUUCCCCAACCCAACCAAUGAGCCUUCGGCAUUCUUCCCACCAAAUUCCCGUGGUUCUGCGUCAGCCAUUGAAGAAACCGUCACCGCGUCA